AUGCACAGAUCACACCUUUCCUGGUUUUUGUUUGCUAUUGUAGCCUCUACUCAUCCAUAUACUUUCCCUCCAGGCAAUCAGACUUUCGACGAGAUUGCUGGUGGUGGACCACCGAACGGACCUCUUCCUCCAACUCUCACACCAGCUACAUUAGCUGCAUUUCAGCUUGCAGGCUACAACGAAAAUCUCGAAGCUGCUUUCUUUGAAGAAGGUUUGCGAAAUAUCACGUCGCUGUGGCCCAAAAUGCCAAAAUUCCCUGUCGCCAUCGACACUGUCAUCGAGAAGAUCGCUGCAGAUGAAGAAGUUCAUGUUGAGACUGCUGAAGGCGUUGUCAAGCACUUCAAUGGAACUGUUUUCCCACGUUGUAAAUACGAUUUCCCAGUAUCUGGACUCGAUGAGUUCCUCGCACUUGGCCAUCUCAUUACCAGCAUCGGAAUUGGCGGCGCCAUUGCAUUGGCCGAUACAUUUGCUCGAAACGAAGCCAAGCCUGUUCGCAACAUUGCAGCUAUUCUUGCAGUCGAGGCACGCCACGAUGCUUUCUUCCGCAUUACGAACAAACAGAUCCCCAAUGUAGCUGCUUUCGAUACGCCACUUUCCGGCAGACUUGUUUACAACCUCUUCCAGCCAUUCGUCAUCCCUGAAACAUGCAAAAUUGUCCCUCCAAUUGGUCUCAUUCCCCAGAUGAAAGUCAAUGGAUUCAACUACGGUGAAUUUGCGCCUCGUCGUCGACCUACCAGAUUUGAUUUCACUUUCAACUCAACGCAGAUUAUAGGACCCCAGGAUAAGCUGUUUAUUGGGUGGCUGAAUCAAGCCAAUAAGCCCGCGUUUGUGCCUCUCAGGGUAACUUCAGAUGGGCAUGGAUGGGCAGAAGUUCCUUCUCAACUUCAAGGAACGGCUUUUGCGAUCUUGACGAAUAACACUGCUGCUACGGACGUUGAUGCCAUCACGAUGCAAGCAAUUGCCAUUGCUCCUCCGCUGCCGAUCACUUAG